AUGUACCAGUCGGAUUCUAUCUAUGAUCGUGAAAAAUUAUUACAAAAAAUAUGUCAGAAAAGUGAUUCAGCAGCAACCUAUAGUGUGCAUCGAUUAUUUUGUACGCUAGGAAAACACAGUGCAAUUGUGAUGGGAGCAAUUAAUCUUGAUCAUUCGAAAUUAUUGGGUGAAUUAUUUUUUCUAUUAGGCAUCUCAUUACCAAAAACUAUGGCACCCAUCAUACUUCGUUUUGUUGGUACCAAUUUACAAGAUUGGCUUAUCGACGAAGACUUAGUUCGCUUUUAUUCACGACGGUUAGGAGUCUGUUAUAAAUCACUUCGUUCAAAUUUUGAUCAUGUUUAUGCACAUGUUGAUAAACAGAUAUUUUCAUUCUGGAUGUCAAAAGUAAAGAGUUAUGUUCAUUCUAACGCUAUCAAAAGCUAUUUUCGAUCAUUGGUCUAUGACGAUCGAUAUGUAUUUAAUGAAAUAUCGUACCUUUUCAAACAACUAUCAUGGUCUGAAUUGCUUACAUGUUCAUUGAAGACAGAUUUGAAAGAAUUUGUUUUACAAAAUGUUGAUCAAAAAUGUUUGCAAAAAUGUCAGGAAUUAUGGAUAUUGCUAAAUCAAUCAAAGGUAUUGCAUGAACAGAUACCAAGAAGUAUCAUGGAAGGUAUGUUGUAA